GAUGAUGAUGAUAGUUCUGAUGAGGAAGGCAAAGAAGACACUUUCCAGUCAGGCAAGGAUGUUAUCUCAUUGGGCAGCAAGAAGGACAAGGAAUUGAAGACCAAGACAGCCUCUGUUCAGAAGGCUUCGUCAGAUAAACCUGGUGUCAUUUAUUUGGGACGUAUACCACACGGUUUCUACGAGGAACAGAUGCAAGCAUAUUUCUCACAGUUUGGAGAUGUCACUCGCCUGCGUAUGUCACGUAACCGAAAGACUGGAAAAUCAAAGCAUUUCGCGUUCAUUGAAUUCAACUCUGCCGACGUUGCUGUGAUCGUUGCUGAGACGAUGAACAACUACCUUUUGUACGGACAUCUCCUCAAGUGCGAAGUCGUCCCAGAAGAGAAGUUGCACCCUAAGCUUUGGAACGGAGCAAAUAGAAAAUUCAAGGCCAUUCCUUGGGCCAAGGUUGCUCGUGAACAACAAAACAAGCCCAAAACUCACGACCAACGUGAAAAGCUUGUCAAGAAGUUGUUGACGAAAGAUCAGAAGAAAAGAGAAAAAUUGGCUGAAAUGGGAAUCGAGUACGAUUUC